AUGGCACCUUUGGCGGGGGGUGCCCCGGGGCGCCUGCGGCGCCAUUGCCAGUGUGUUUUUAAGAAGAAAAUUGGAAUUGUGGAUUUUAUGAAAGAGAAGAUCAAGCUCAUCCCCAAGUCAUCCUCACCGCCCCUGCUGACCUGUGAGAUCCAUCAUCACCGUUGGCUCCAUCAUCCCAACGUUGUCCAACUCUAUGAUGUCAUCGCAAGUGAACACUUGAUCUGGCUGAUCACCGAGCUCUGUUCCGGCGGCGAGCUAUUUGAUUACCUGGUCAAAAAGACCUGGUUUACCAAGUUCGAGGCCUGUCGUCUCUUUGGCCAGAUCUGUCUCGGCCUUGGCUAUGUCCACGGCAAGGGUGUCGUCCAUCGGGACCUCAAGCUGGAGAAUGUCCUACUAGAUGAAGGCUGUAAUCCGAAGAUGGCCGACUUUGGGGGGCCACAUGAGCAGAUUGCUCAACGUCUCCGUGCUCUGAAGGGCUCCCUGAAAAAGUUAGGGUUAAAGGUGCGCGCCCUACCCCCUUUUGCGGAAAAAGGGCGUACACGGGUGCGCGGGGAAACCGGCAUCCGCACCCGCAUCCGCAUCCGCCAGCGGGUAUCCCCCCGCCUUAGCGGGUAUCCCCCCGCCUUAGCGGGUAUCCUCGGAUACUCGCCCUUUAAAGGGCCGGCGAGGGACCGGCUGGAAGGGUUUCCUUCCAGCCAGCAAGGUGAAUGCUUGACGGCUGGAAGGAUUUCCUUCCAGCCGGCGAGCAGCCAGCUUGCUGGCGGGCAGGAAACCCUUCCAGCCGGUCCCUCGCCGGCCCUUUAA